AUGCACCCUCUAAAUCCCUUUCUCCGAGCCUUCUUCCGAAGCACUGUUCCGGGGCAGUGUAUACCCGUGGAGAAUCAUGUACUUCUUGUCCCCACGACGGAAUGUCUGGUUGGCUCGCGGGACCGGGAGUCCAAUGUGUACUAUUCGGACCUGGUCGCGUCGGAGGAGUUUCUAGGGAGCCACGUAUUGCGAAUUCCGAUCAACACAGGCUCAAAAGAUGGAAAGGAUGAAUCAAAUGUGCGCGACAAUAGAAGCAAAGCAAAGCAGGUUACGACAUUCAAUGGAAGAACUGUUAUCAUCAAGGAGAACUCGGUGUACAGCAACAAAGGCUUCAAGUCCCUCACCCAAGCCCAGUUGCUGUCAGAUGCCUUAUAUUAUACACCCUCUAGCGAGUCGCGCCCAUGGCUCAUAUACUACAUCUCGCGUCCGUUGAUCGGAUCGUUUGAUCCCGCCAGGGUUGUCCCCGCUGCAGUGCCAGGGACCAACUCAAAGAAAAUCGAGUCGCCCCCUGCCGAUAAGAAAACCAUGAAUAGACACUCCAUCGGAACACCACCAAAGCAAGAAAUCAAAUCAUUCGGCGAGCUGUUGGCCAGUUUUCCGAUGAUCGCAAGGCAGAUGCAGCCUGGCCUAGAAAGACUGUUUCGGGAGUUUGGUAAAGAACUUGGAAAGCCGCUGCCACCACCACCUUCUAGGUCGCCUUCAGCUUCCGGUAGCGAAAGCGAGCACAAACUAUCCCGCGCCGAAACGUUGAUCGACGAGAGUUCAUCUGUUCGCAGUUGGUCAUCCCGCCGUGGACGACUGCCAUUCAAUUCGGAAGAGUAUUUUGAGGACGAUGAGGAUCUUAUGCGACGGAGCCUAGAGACCGCUGUGACUGCCGCCAUUGAUCUUUUCCGGUUGGUCGAUAAGCAGCAACUAUCUCUCCUUGGCGCCACAACCGAUCUGACCGGCCCACUGGUAGAGCGACUUAUCGAGCGAUAUGUCGCUGAGCAAGUACACCAGCCGUUACUGUUCCCUCGUCUGUGUGCCUUCCGACAGCCUGAGGAUUCGGAGUUAGACUCUAGGAUUCGAUAUAUGGAAAGCAUAGACGUGACUCAGGUUGGAAUCAGCGUGGAAGGAGGACGCGAAGGAAAAAGGGAAUUGAUACGCCGGUUGGGGCGAGCUGUGGAAGAAUUCCGAAAGAUGGACGAUGCUAGAAGUCCCCACGAAAUGCUCAAUACCCUACUGGAGACGGUCAAAGUGAUAUCUUAUCCGGGGAGCUAUAAUCAAUUGGAUGGGCUAGGUUCUGAGAAAGGAAGAGCUCCCAUCACCAUCAAUGCGGACGUUUUGGUAUCAUUGCUGCUUGUUGUCGUGAUCAGAUCUCAAGUUCGUCAUCUGCAAGCUCGCUUACUUUACAUGCAACACUUCAUCUACAUCGACGAUGUGGAUAGUGGUGAGAUGGGAUAUGCACUGAGCACCUUCGAAGCAGUCUUAAUGUACUUGGUCACUGAUUCAGCUGGUCUUCGCCGCGCAAGCGUGAGAAACCGGCGGUUAUGGCAAGCUACCAAAACCGGCCGGGUUUCGGAUAUGAAAAGCAUUCUCGAACCUAAUGGGGACUACGAUUCUAUUGACGAAACUCUCCCUCGUGAACCCGAGCGCAAGUCUGUUUUCUUCCAAACCGACAGUGUCGAGGAGCUAGAAGAGUCCCCAUUUGAAACAUCGUCAAUGUAUAGCAGCUCGGUGUUUACAAACGGCGAGCCCUUCCCAUCGCUUGACGUUCCUUCGUCUGAAGCGCCUCCACUAUCGCACGUGUUCCCGUUCCAAACCUGGGAUGGGCCGUCGGGUCUGAAAGAUCACGAUAGGCCCGUGAAAAAGGUGUCUAUGGAUGUUCGCAGCAUGUCAGAGUCAUCAGCUGUCUCAUUCCUCUCGCGAACCACUACUAUUGGGUCAAUGGCAAGCGGCAUCGAGGGCGACAGCUCCAUUGAAACUAUGACCAAAACACAGGAUCCUGCUGGUGAUUCCAUACCUAUGAUGGCUGUAGGAAGAUACCAGCCAGAGGCACUGAAGUAUUUGCUGAGUCUGGAGGAAUAUUAUCCUCUGGAGGAUAUUCUCGACGACACAAACGCCGACGGAACAACACUACUCAACGCAGCCGUGCAGCUUUCUCACAGCGAGAUUGUUGACAUUCUCUUGGAUUUCCUCUUCAGCAAAACCGACGACAGUGUCAUUGCGAUGUACCUGACCAAGUCUGAUGUACAUGGUCGAACUGCGGGGCAUUAUCUCUUCAGCACCCCUUCUCUUUUGGCUCGGCUUGGUCGCCUUCUUCCCUGGCGACAAAAAGACAAACACGGGCAAACACCACUAUUUGCCCUUUGUCGGUCAUAUGAUCACCCCGACUAUAAAUCCAUGGUUCAGUCUGCAUUGACGGCGGCACAAAAGGCUCAAGGCAAUGGAAAGCCCUUACAACUGGACGACCAUGUCGAUGCCAAAGGCAACACUCUACUACAUAUUGUGGGAGAUCCUGAAAUCACCACGCGAAUUCUUCAGGAGAGUGACUGCGACCCUAAUGCUACCAACGACAAACGAUUUACACCACUGAUGAUGGCUAGCAAGUACGGGCGUGUGGAUCAGGUUCGUAUUCUUUUCUUGGAUCCACGAGUCGAUGUACAUGUUAAGGAAGCUCGGGGGUUGACGGCUGUCGAGCUUGCCAAAGAUGACGAGGUCCGAAACAGAAUUGAUGAUCUGAUUCUCCUAUCACACCCACCAUCGGCACUGGGUGACCCUUCGGGCCGUGUCACUACUGUGGUACGAUCUUUCUUCGUUGAAGACGCAACAGUCCGAUUCAUCCUCAAGUCAGGUGCACCGCACACACAAACAUCAGAUCCUCUAGCAUCUUCUCGGCCAGGCUCAACGACGUACACCGUGACCACAUGUCGCCGAAGCUUCCAAGACUUUGAGAAUCUCGCCAAAUGGCUCUCGGUGGAGCAUCCCGCUUCCUAUGUCCCGUCUCUAUCUGACUUCAGGAAUCCGUUUCAAAUUCACUCCAAACCAUCUCGAUCUGUGCUCCAUGACCUACAGGAGAAGCUAGAUCGCUUUCUGAAAACCCUUUUGACACAUCCCACUUUCGCGACCCACGAGAUGCUCUGGGAAUUCUUCCUUGUGCCAGAACUACAGCCAGAGAUGAUGGCGGAUAGAUCUCGCAGCAAGGCAGCGGUAUUGACCGAAACCAUUGCCGAUGAUUUUUCACCAAUCUCCCUUGAAGGCAUGCGCGAUACAGAGCAGUUUGUUUCCCAUGCGCAAGACAUGGUUCGCGGCGUACAUGUCAACACGCGUAGUCUGAUCCGCCGUGGACAUGCAUUGCAGAACAGCGCCUCUGAUAUAGCAGACGCUGUCUUCCUCUGCUCGUCUGUCCUCUCCACUCUUCAAGAGCCGACAAAUGCUCUUCCACAAUCCCACAUCGAUGCUUUCAUCCGCUACGGCACCUGCCUCUCCACAUCCAACUCCGACUCCUCCCCACUCCUCCACUACCUUUCUGCACUCACGGCAAUCGACAACACUACUGCCGCCAUCCUCACAUCUCUUUCCCGACCCCUCUCCCUCAUGUCAGACCUCACUUCCACAAAUCGUAACAUCUCUCGUUCCCGCUCCUCGCUAAUGUCCUCAUCCCUCCCUCGCAAAUUCAACAUCAAUCUCCCCGGCUUCGAAGAGUCACGACAGAAAUCUGUCCGUGACCUCGAACAGAAGAUCAUUGAUGGUGAAUCUGAAUCAGCCCGUCUCGCGAGGGAAAUCUCAUGGAACAAAGACGUCGUUGUGGGCGAACUAGCCGGGUGGACGACAUGGCGCGAGAAAGUCGGGCGCGAGGCCAUCCGCACAUUUGUCAAGAAUACUCUCGUCCGCGAAAAGGAGCGCGGGAAACGCAUGGAGCGUUGCCUGCGCAGUGUGCGAGAGAUGAAGCCAUGA